AGGCCCAAUUCACCAUUUGGCAGUGGCACCAAAGACUGUAACUUCUCUCUCUCUCUCUCGCUGCAUGUCAGAUUGAGGCAUUCGUUCUCUGAAACCUCACAUUGUGAUGGCGUCGAAGGGAAAGGGGAUCGCCGCCGGAGGUGGAUUCUCCGGCGGGAAGCGCAAGCACGACGACGACAAGUCCGGUGGUGGCCGGAAGAGGAGCAACCCCGGCGUCCUCAGAUUCUUCGAAGACGCCGCUGCCGAAUCCGACGACGAAAUCGACAGUGAUUUCGAUGACGAUUUUAUGGACGAAGAAUUUGAAACAGAACCUGUAGCCCAGAAUGACCCAGGGAAAGCACAUAACCUUCCAUUCGUUCCUAAAGAGGAGGAUCUGGAUGGUGAAGAAUUUGAAAAAAUGAUGGAAGAACGAUACAGGAGUGGUUCUAGCUAUGCAACCUAUGCUGAAGAUAAUUUUGAGAACAAAAGGUCGAUUGAUGGAAAUGUUCUGCCUUCUGUUAAGGAUCCAGUCAUCUGGAAAGUGAAAUGCAUGGUUGGACGUGAGAGGCAUUCAGCUUUCUGUAUGAUGCAAAAGUUUGUUGACUUCCGAUCACUAGGUACCAAACUACAGAUUGUUUCUGCAUUUGCUGUUGAGCACAUCAAGGGUUUUGUUUUCAUUGAAGCUGACAAGCAGUCUGAUAUUAAUGAGGCAUGUAAAGGAAUUUGUAGUAUAUACCCUUCCCGAGUAAUGCCAGUUCCAAAUAACGAAGUUUCUCAUUUGCUGUCUCCUCGGACUAAAUCCAAUGGAAUUACUGCUGGCAUGUGGGCCCGUGUGAAGAAUGGGAACUACAAGGGUGAUUUGGCACAGGUUGUGUUUGUGAACGAUUUACGAAAAAGAGCGACCUUAAAGCUGAUCCCCAGAAUUGAUCUUCAAGCAAUGGCUGCAAAAUUUGGUGGAGGAGGUACUAGAAAGAAAAGGCCUGCUCCUGCCCCGAGAUUGAUCAGCUCAAACGAACUCGAGGAGUUCCGCCCUCUCAUUCAGUACAGGACUGAUCGUGAAAGUGGCAUGAAGUUUGAGUUUCUUGAUGGUCUGAUGUUCAAGGAUGGAUAUUUGUACAAAAAAGUAUCAAUAGAUUCAUUAAGCUUCUGGGGUGUUAUGCCAUCAGAAGAGGAACUACUGAAAUUCAAGCCUUCUGAGAACACCAAAAAUGAGGAUGAGGACUGGCUUACUGAACUUUAUGGUACAACAGAAAAGAAAAGGCGGACCAUCAAAAUUGAAGAAGGUGGUGGUAAAGGAGAGGGUUCAUCAGGUUCUAUGGGGAAAGGAGAGGGUUCAUCAGGGUCUAUGGGGAAAGGAGAGGGCUCAUCAGGGUCUAUGGGGAAAGGAGAGGGUUCAUCAGGACCUAUGGGGAAAGGAGAGGGCUCAUCGCAGUCUAUGGGGAAAGGAGAGGGUUCAUCUGGGUCCAAGGGGAAAGGAGAAGGUUCAUCAGGUUCUAUGGGGAAGGGAGAGGACUCAUCAACGUCUAUGGGGAAAGGCGGGGGUUCUUCAGGUUCUGGUGGGAGUGGUUUUGAACUGUAUGAUCUUGUUUGUUUUGGCCGGAAAGAUUUUGGUCUUGUAAUAGGCAUGGAGAAAGAUGAUAGUUACAAGAUUCUGAAAGAGGGAGUGGAAGGACCUAUUGUGCUGAUGGUUCAGAAACGUGAGUUAAAGAAUGUUCUUUCUGAUAUGAAAUUUACGGCUUUAGAUCGGCACAUGAAGGCCAUAUGCGUUAGUGAUACUGUCAAAGUGUCGGAAGGACCGUUGGAGGGUAGGCAGGGUAUUGUUAAGCAAAUAUAUAGAGGCACCAUAUUCUUGUAUGAUGAGAACCAGUCAGAAAAUGGUGGUUAUUUUUGCUCAAAAUCCCAAAUGUGUGAGAAAGUUAAGCUUUACAUUGAUUCUAGCAAAGAAAUGGAUGGGGACUCAGGUGCUCUGGGUUUUGGAGAUUUCAUGUCGUCUCCUAAAUCCCCGCUAUCGCCAAAAAAGCCAUGGCAAGAAAGGGAUAGUAACUUCAAUCAGGGUGAUAAAGAUGGAAUGUUCUCAAUUGGUCAAACUGUAAGAAUCCGUGUGGGUCCGUUGAAGGGAUACCUCUGUCGAAUCUUGGCUAUACGUCGUGCUGAUAUUACUGUUAAGCUUGAUUCUCAGCAAAAGGUUCUCACAGUUACAAAAGAGCAUAUUUCUGAAGUUCGUGGAAAGAGUUCUAGUGUGCUGAUUAGUGAGGAUCCGGAGUCCAGUUUAAAACCAUUUGAUUUGCUCGGAACGGAAGGAGGGUCUAAUGACUGGACAAAUGGAGCUGGGGUAUCUGCUGGGGGUGAUGGGUGGAAUGCUGGAGGGGCAUCAGCCGGGGGUGGUGGGUGGAAUGCUGGAGGGGCAUCUGGUGAUAGUAAUUCUUGGGCUAGUGCAAAUCCUAUUAAUGAUGUGAAAAAGGAUGAUGAUACUUCUUGGGGGAGCAAAGCAGCUCCAAGUACAGCUUCGUCCUGGGGUGCAGCAGCAGGAGCACCUGCAGAUAACAACAAUCAAGGUGCUGGCUGGGGAAAAAGUGAUGCUUGGGGAAAAUCAAGUGCCAAAACUGAAGGUGACAGUAGUGCGCCAGAUAACAAUGAUCAAGGUGCUGGCUGGGGAAAAAGAGACACUUGGGGAAAAUCAAGUGCUAAAACUGGGGCUGACAGCAGCGCACCAGCAGAUAACAAUGAUCAAGGCACUGGCUGGGGAAAAAGCGACUCAUGGGGGAAAUCAAGUUCUAAAACUGGGGGUGACAGCAGUGCCCCACAUAACAAUGAUCAGGGUGCUGGCUGGGGAAGAAGUGGCUCUUGGGGGCAGAAGGCCGAACCUGCUGGGACGGGUCAACUGGAUUCAUGGGGCAAGGGUAAAAAUGUUGUUGAAGCAGGAUCAUGGGGAAAGAAUUCUGAUGCACCAUCUGGGGAUAUUUCAAGUCCUGGGUGGGGUCAACAGAAAUCUUGGGACAAAGGAAAUGCAGUCAGUAGUGAUGGGCCUGCUUGGGGUAAGCCUCAGAAUAAAGCCACAGGGAACUGGAGCAGUAAAGAUGAAUCAAGUGCUGGCGAUGCAGGGUGGAAAAGUUCAGUACCAGCUGAAAAUGUUCAGACUGGAAGCUGGGGUAAGGCAGGUGGCGGUUCAACCGAGAGUAAACAAGAUGGCAGUUCUUCUUGGGGUAAGCCAGCUGGAGAUUCAUGGGGUAAACAAACUGGAGGCUCUUCAUGGGGUAAACAAGCUGAUGUAACCGCUGGCGGAGUGGGGAACAACGGAGGCAAGUGGGGCAAAGGAUCUGUCACCAAUGAAGAACAAAGUGGUGGAGGGGGAGAUCAGGUUUCUAAAUGGGGCCAAAAAGGCACUUGGAACUCAGGAUCUAGUGAGACUGGUGGCAAUCAAGAAUUUAGUUGGGGUAAGAAAAGCGAUGGGAACAUCGGAUCUACUUCCUCAGGUGGGAACCAAAAUUCUACUUGGGGCAAGACAAUCAAUUUGAACUCUGGAUCUGGUGACACUGGUGGAAAUCUUGAUUCUAGUUGGGGGAAGAAGAGUACUUGGAAUUCUCAAUCUAGUGAGAAUAGUGGCAAUCAAGAUUCUAGUUGGGGGAAGAAAAGUGAUUGGAAAUCUGGAUCUGAUGACACCGGUGGGAACCAUGAUUCAACUUGGGGCAAAAAAAGUAGUUGGAACUCAGGAUCUGGUGAUGCAGAUCAGAAAUCUAGUUGGGGCAGUAAAAGCAGUUGGAAUUCAACAGAUGGUGGGAAUGGAGACCAACCUGAGGAUUCAAGUGGUGGGAGAGGUGGACGGGGUUUUGGAGAUGGUGGGCGUAGAGGGGGUUUUGGGGGAAGAGGUGGAGGCGGGGGCAGUGGUGCUUGCUUCAAAUGUGGUGAGUCCGGGCACAUGUCGAGGGAGUGUCCCCAGGGCGGUGGAGGUGGUAAAGGUGGUGCUUGCUUCAAGUGUGGUGAGUCUGGGCACAUGUCGAGGGAGUGCCCCCAGGGCGGUGGAGGCGGUAAAGGUGGUGCUUGCUUCAAGUGUGGUGAGUCCGGGCACAUGUCGAGGGAGUGCCCCCAGGGUGGUGGAGGCAGUAAAGGUGGUGCUUGCUUCAAGUGUGGUGAGUCCGGGCACAUGUCAAGGGAGUGCCCCCAGGGUGGUGGAGGCGGUAAAGGUGGUGCUUGCUUCAAAUGUGGUGAGGCAGGGCACAUGUCGAGGGAGUGCCCCCAGGGCGGUGGAGGUGGUGGAGGUGGUGCUUGCUUCAAGUGCGGUGAGUCCGGGCACAUGGCAAGGGACUGCUCCCAAGGCGGUGGGGGCUAUGGUGGUGGCAACCGCAGCGGUGGUGGAGGUGGUGGUGCUUGCUACAAGUGUGGUGAGUCGGGGCACAUGGCGAGGGACUGCUCCCAGGGCGGUGGAAGCUAUGGUGGUGGCAGCCGUAGCGGUGGAGGUGGCAGCAGUGGUGCUUGCUUCAAGUGUGGUGAGUCAGGGCACAUGGCGAGGGAGUGCCCCCAGGGCGGUGGAGGUGGUAGCAGUGGUGCUUGCUACAAAUGUGGUGAGUCUGGGCACAUGGCGAGGGAUUGCUCCCAGGGCGGUGGAGGCUAUGGUGGUGGUGGCCGUAGCGGUGGUGGAGGCGGUGGUGCUUCCGGUGGCUGCUACAAGUGCGGACAGUCCGGCCAUUUCGCAAGGGAGUGCCCCAACAGUGGUUAAACCAGCAAUCGUACCCUUACUGCCUUCUGCUGCUGCUGCUGGUCUGUUAGCUUUUGCUUAAUUUAAUCGGGUUUUACUAUGAAUCAAACCGAACUCUUUUCAGUAAUCCUGUAUGUUGGUUUUGUGGGCCAUCUUUGUUGCUUCCCAUCUGUCGAAACAUGGAUCCAUGAUGAUGAUGAUGCCUUUUGAUGUAGUAAUUUUUCAACCUUCUUUUUCCUUCCUAUUUUCAAGUUACAAAUGAGGAUUUGCUAUUUUUGGCAGAAAAAAUGUUGGAUCUCUGCUCCUUUAUGAAAAGUCUCUUUAUCUGUUUGACAAAUAUG